CCACCUGUUGAUUAGUAUUCUACCAAAACAAUAAUGGCUCAUUUGCUCAAGAAUUUGUCCAACAGCAUUUGGCAUGCAUUCUACGCGCUUCAAGGACACACACCGAAUAUAGUUGCCAAAUCAAAGCUCAAGGUCUUGACUGCUAAUAUUGGCACUCUGAUGGACUUGUAUGGAGUUGAGAAAGGACUGGAGCAUUAUAGGAGCACCUCCACUCUCACUUUCGAACAGUUUAUUUAUUAUCUCCAGAAAGAGUUAUUCUCUUCAUUGACUGACUCAACCCCGAUAGAGUCCUGCAGAGCUCUGGAGGAGGGGGUCAACGAGAUCUGCUGGUUACUGUGCAGAAAACUAUUUCUAGAGAGAUCCCACGCUGUUUUCGAUGAUCAGAGUGUCUACAAAUUAUUUCGCAUUUUCUGUUUGCUCGCUGAAAUGGAGACGGAUUCGACGGAUAGUACGUUUCUGGUGACGAUGCACAGUGAGGAGGUAGCACACGUUGCCUCGCAGCUCGUGACCUCCCUGGGUCUGAGGUGGGAUUCGCUGGACUUUUCUGCGUUGUCAGCGGCUAUCGGCAGUUACCGGUUUCCAACGUUCUUAGCAGUUCUAGAAUCUAAAUACUCAGGUGGAGGAGCGGUAGAUGAUGUUGCAUUGACCGAAGCCAUUGAUGAUCUUUAUCGCGUUUAUGUUGAAGACGUCAUAAAGAAGGGUUACUUAAUGAAGAAGGGAUUCCUCCUGCCGACGUUGAAAUGCUUCUACUUCAUGCUGCGACCAGGCGAAUUAUCCUAUUACAAAGACUCCCUCCAGAAGGAGCCGUCAGGGGUGAUCGCCCUGAACAUAAAUUGCUGGGCGGACGCCUCGCCCUCAGGCGGAAAGCCAGACCGUCGGUUUGUCCUCUCGACCCCGGAGCACAGGUGCAUAGAGCUGGUCGCUGAGGACCACAAGGGCCGCCUGCAGUGGCUGACGGCCCUGCAGACGGCGAUCCGUUACUCAGGGGAGAAGCUGAGCUACCAAAGAACCCUGGCGAAUCAGCGAAGAUCCCUGAGGCUCUCCAACAAACAGCACCGAGAGGAGACGCGACAGGAGCUGAACCACGAGAGGGAGGCGAGAAUCGCCGCUGAAGUGCAGGCCCGAAAGCUGGAGACAAUCACUCGAGGGGAGUUGGCGAAGGUCCAGGAACUGGAGGACGCGAAGAAGAAAUUGGAGAUUUUGCUGCAGGAGGAGACGCAGGCCCUGAGGGACGAGGAAAUUGUCCGGGGACUGCAGGCCCGUGUCCUCCGGGAGGAGUGGGAGAGGCGGGAGGAACUGGAGAGACUGCAGCAGGAGCAGCUGGAGCUGCUGGAGACAGAGAAGAUGAAGAGGAGGGAGUUCGAGGCCAAGCAGAUGGAGAAUGAACGUCAACUCAAAGAUGCAGAAUCGAGGCUGAAGCAAUUGGAAUCCGAGAGACAAAGUCUGGAUAAGGAAUUGAGUGCAGCUCAUGAGAAGGUAAAACGCACUGAGGAGGCUCAGUUGCUUCUUGAAGCCAAAUUUGUGAUGAUGAGACCGCUGAGGAGUGGUGACAGAGUAAGACGUACGCAGAGUUUCGUUCCAAUGAGUAGAGAGAGACCACUCAUCACCGAGAGACUUGAGAAUGAUAAGAAGCACUCGUAAUUCCAAGGCCAAAUGAAUGUUAAAGUUUAAUUGCCAAAUGAAUGUUGAUGUUUGAUUGGGCGCAGGUCCGCCUGAAGAUUGUGGAA